GGAAGGUGUAUGUGGUGCGACCUAAACUUGUUUGCAGUCCAGUCGAGUCUUUCGGUUUAGUUUCUCUCCCGAAAUACACAGUGUUGGUCUCGACGAGUGCAGCCCGUGCUUCGUGAGCUGGAGAGGACGGCGGAGCAGGCGGCUUUGAGUUAGGUCUGGACAGAUGUAUGCAUACAGCUUUUGAUAAAAUAGUCGCUAUCUUACUGUAGUCGGUGCUGGAGGAUUUGGCAGGCCAGGAAACAAGUGGCGAAUGCAGGAUUUGUUGCUGGAUGGAUGCAGAUAUCGCCUAACCCUGGUGCUGUUUCCGUAGCAUUAGGGACGAUUUGAAUACUUUGACACAGGUUUGAGCUAGGGUAAAUAGGAGACGAGCAAGAACAGACUGAGAAGAGAGAGAUGAGCAAUGGCAGGAGUUGUCCUUGAACUCUGGGCAUGUGUGCUGGUGACUUGUUGCCUUGCCUCUGGGCUUUCUUCAGUCAACGCCAGUACUCCCGAACCGCAAGCGAGGAAUGCACCAACUGCAAUCGAACCGUCGCCUGCGUCCGCCUCUCGAGAACCGGACGUCUCGCCAAUAACCUGCGAGACUCCGGUCACCACUUCUUCACCGCCGCAGUCCUUGGACAUGUCCAAUCUUGGUCUGCUGCCGUCGCUUGUUGUCCUGUGCUGCGUGAACAUUCUCAUCAGCGGCGGCGCCAUCUUCUGCUCCAGGCGACGGCAGCCCUGCAAAACCCUGAAUCAGAUGUGUUCUCAUUGUCAGGGACGCAGCAGCAUUCAGGCGGACCUGCAGGCGUUCAUCUCACAGAAGUCGGUGGCCGCUGGACAGCGCAGCAGCGAGAGCUCGCGCAUUUUCCGCGGCGACGAGUCUCGAACCUACCUGCCUAGGGGCUCGACGCUGCACAGCACUGGCAAUAACAGCAGCUACAUUCCCAGUACAAAGACUGGCUCUGAAGCCGGAGAUACAUAUCUGUAUGAGAACUCACCGUCGGUGGAUAAGGACUCCAUCAUGGAGAGCUCGGUCAACACAAGAAUGACCGAGGAGCUCCGCACCGUGUCGGGCAAAUGCUCCAAGAAACACAGUGGCCUGCUCUCUUCAGAAAGCGGCAAUCGUCUAGAGUCAGUUGUGUCUUCGUCGGGUAUCCUGGACGGCAGCGUCGGUGAUCAGGGUAACAUCUUGAUGCGAGUGGGACCUUUGUUGGGGGCGACCAAGACCACUGCGCCGCCCAACAUCACUAGCAUUGUUGUGCCGCCGAGCUCGGCGAGGCCGACCACCCCACCCCUGUCCUCUCCUGCCUCCACCGCCGCCAACAACAGCUCCAACGCACAGCCAAUCUACUCCGGCGUCGUCAAGACAUCCAACAUCACCAUAACGCCGAGCAGCGUCAGUUCAGGCAGCAGCGCCACCGGCAAGUCUCACCCGUGCAGCCCCGUGCUGGUCAAGCCGUCGACGACUCCGCCGCUGCGCACAGCCAGUCCUAACGUACCGCCGCUCCAGCACGUCAAGAUCAGCGAGCAGCCGUCGACCGACACCGACCACAGCGGCUCUGGAUUCUACACGACCGCGCCGGGAACAGGUGGUACAGUGACCGGCAGUGACGGUGGUGAUGUGUUCCAGUUCUGCAGCUCCCUGGACGAGGGUCCCGUCUCUCCACACGCAAAGCCCCCGCUGGGAGUUAAAGAGAGCAAGUCAAUGCCUCGCAUCAGCGACCUGCGUGCCAUGGUGACCAAGAGGGAGCUCUCGCUACAGUACUCGUCCUCGGUGCAGUCUCUACCAGUCGACGUGUUCUCGUGCCUGAAGUGUGUCUCCGACAGCCAGCACGACUCUGGCAAGUACACGGACUCGUCCAUAAGCGACACCACAACGUGCUCAGACACGGCCGAGGUGCGACGCGUCAUCCGUAUGCGCCGCGCCAUUGCCGAGCACACGGGCAGGACGCGCGCCUACACGGCAUACCAGCACGUGUACAGUGGCAGCAAGGUAACGAACAGAUUGUUCCGCAGGAGCAGUCUCCAGGACGAGUCCCAGCCGGAGGCCAGUAAGCCGCUCAAGGACGCGUCGCCGUACUGCCGUGUGAAGAAGGUGGCCAGCGGAAAUGGCGACGAGAAUGAGUUUGAGAGCGAUGGCAGCGUGUCUGAUCUGACCGACUCGCAAGACGUACUCGAUGGCCAAUCGUGUCCCAGCUGUUCUUCUCCCACCAUUAUGCUAUGUAGAAACCGACAGUGCCUAAGCUUCAUCCGCCUGCGCCCGUGGCUAGCGCAGAUAGCCGCCACGAUGGACAUGACGGUGCCGGAUUGUCGCAAGGGCUUCAAGGCCCCGUCCUGGGGCACGUUCACCCCGACCGUGACCGGUGGCCGGGAAAGCCUGGACGAUCCCUGCUACUUUGUGCUGCACGCCCAGAACUCGUGCGUGAACAUGACCCAGCGAGAUCCGGGGGUCCCCUCAUCACUGGAUUCUGCAGCAAGCGCCAGGAAGCUAAAGCAGCUGCAGCAACAGCAACAGCAGCAGACAAUCAUCCCGUCCAGAUCGCACACCAGUGGUGAACCGUCGGCACACCCGACCGCCGACCUUGUUGCCGACAAGCAGCUUACGAAGCAACGCCUUGAGUUCUGCAAGAGCAUAGCGGGCAGUGAGGACGCAGACAAACAAGCUGCCAAGAGAGGUGAUUCCGGAACGCCCACCGACCAAUUGAUUCUACCAAGACUCCAGGAGGCCGGCGGUGGUGGCAAGGGAACCGCAUCGUCGAGUGCUUCGUCCGUCAGGGCCCGCAUUGCACAGCAGAUUCGAGACGAGGCCGGCUAUUCGUUCCCGCUGGAUUGUCGCAAGGCGUUCAUGCAGGCCUCCGCCGCGCCCAGUGGUGGCAGCAGCAGUACCGGCAGCGUCGAUUCGUCCAGCGCGCCCAGCGUACAGGCAGCCAGCAAAGCACGUUUUUCCAUGUCCAGCUCCACUGCGGAGAGCUCCGCGCCGGAGAUGCUGACGGCCAUCCCGGAGACCCUGUCGGAGCUCUCUCCGCUGCAGGACUCCUCCGACAUCUGGGACAGCGUCAAACUGACCGAUCGUGUCGGCGGUGGGGGCAAAGCUAGUCUGUUGCACUCUCCCCUACGCUCUCCGUCCAAGUCCGCCUCUCCGGCGCUGCCCACGGGCGCCCUACGCUCUCCGUCCAAGUCCGCCUCUCCGGCGCUGCCCACGGGCGAUCAAGCAACGACGUCAGGUGCCGGUGCCUUGUCGCUCUCUUCAGCUCGCGUUCGGGAAGAAGAGAACCUGAACAAUUACGCCCAGGUACUGCACACGGAUCGGAACGGCGAAGACGACGGCGCCACCGCUGGCUCUGUGGCCACGCGGCGUCGCCAGACCUGGUCUAGCUCGGACCUCAUCAAGCUGCAACGGGCGGCGGCGGCGGUUUGCCGAGAGCCGGAGAGCAGUGGCGGCUACCAGAAGAUCUCCUCUUUGAUGCCCGCCAUUAUGGACAAGCCAACGUCGCCGGACGCAAAAUCGCUCGUCGCCGAGCUGCCGGCCUCGAUACCGGAUCAGAAUUUCCUUGAUGACCCGCAGGACGUGAUCUUGGAUGAAGUGCUAUCGUCACCAGCUCCCGGCAAAGUAAGGUCAGCGGCCGGUAGUGGCAACGCUGACGUUCACCUCCGGCCUCGCAGUGCCACGAUAUGUACUCAGGGCUCCGCUGUGCGGCCACCUCUUCCGCAGAACCUUUCGUCGAUGAAGCGACUGCAUCCCAACUCGCGGAGGACAAAGACCCAGCAGCCUCUACCGCCGCGGUCCAAAGUGCCAAAGCCGAGCGGACUCAAGCUAGGUCCGAUGGUCGGAAGAACCUUGCCGGAUGCCCACAAGGAUUCGGGGGACGCCGCCGACACUCGUGUAUUGAUGAUGCCAGACUUGAUGAAUGAAGUACUGAGCAUUGACCGGCCGUACUGUGGAGAUGACGACCGGCCCGUUCAGGCUGAUUGAAGAGACAAUCAAGCCCUAUUAUCCACCCCCAAAUCACCAGGAGUAACGAUAAAUCGGCCGCACACACGUCUGGUGCAGUGCACAAAGUGCCGCAGUGGAAAGACGACAAACACACGCACAGCUCCAUAGUGGUUGAUCAACGCUCCAUGCUGCUGCCCGUCUGCCACCCGGCCCUACCUGUCCUUAUCGCUAUGGUUACUCUUGCCGCGUCAAAUUCGCAGAAACUGCUGCACUGCGGCAGCAGGAUUAGCAGGGAUACCAGUGCAAAUCGCGUGCGCAUGUUCUGAAACCCACCUCCAACUCACUGUCUCUGCCUGUCCCCGCUAUCUACAUACACUUGACUACGCUUCUGUGUCCAGUAAAGAUUUGUCAAGUUCUCAUGCCGGCCGGUGUGGUGCCACUACACGCCGCACCUUGCGGAGAAUGUCCCGGAAAUUUGCCUCUAGUCUGACUGCGGGCAGUCACGUAGAUUCGUCUUCCGAGACAUCGCCAGCAAGCUUGCUGGCUGCCUCAAGCACUCAUCCCAUAAUUCUCUCUCUCUCUCUCUCUCUCUCUCUCUCUAUUUCGUAUUCAAGUGUAAGUCUCUUGGCUUUCCUUCUGCUUCCGUAGCCAAACUGGCAACCCUCUCCAGCCUUGACGCCUCCGGUGCUUCAUCCGUCAGCAGACUCAGAACAUAUCCUGCUUUGAAUGCUUGUUGUGUAAGUUUCGUAACUGGAUGAGCAACCUGAAAACGUCCCCCUUCAAAUGAGCGCACAUGCGCGCGCGCGCACACACACACACACACACACACACACACACACACACGCACGCACGGUGUUUAUCAACACUGUGAAUGAUGCAAGUUAACGUAUCCCACACCUGGACCGUGUCGAUAUCGCAAUUGCGUUCGACCCAAGCCACCGGACCGCUUCAGUCCAUCAUUGCCAGCUGGUCAGACUCAUGACCAUGUCUCAUACUCGUACCAAUCGACACGCGUUUCUCCUGCCACAUCCAGACCAGGUUGUCUGAAGUGGCCAUCUUCUGCUGGGUCAAUCCCCGGCAACUGUACCUGCACUGACUACGAACACUAACCCUCCAUGUCUGCAUGAUGCUCAACAUAAUUCUUCCUCUAGAGUCUUCGCUGCUGUAUGUCCUGUGCUUAAGGCAUUGCCAGUACAAAUACUGUGUAAAUCUUGUAUUCUCUCCGCCCCUGGUAUUUCGAUAGCUAGUGAAGUGCGUUGGCCGUCGGAGACAAACGCAUGUCUAGCCGCCUGUAGAGUAGAUCGUCUUUCUAACUAGAUGCUGUUAGCGUGCGUGUGUGUGUGUUUGUGUGUGUGUGUGUGUGUGUGCAUGUCUGUGUGCGGUAGUGCUGGUUUCUGCUUAUUGUCCUACUUGCUGUUCCCUAUGAGCAUAUUUGGAGUACUCUAUUAUGGCAGUUGCUAGCUACUCAUAUCUAAAGUCACAAUACAACAACCGCACACUGUCCAACUCUCUCUCUCUCUCUCUCUCUCUCUCUCUCUCUCUCUCUCUCUCUCUCUCUCUCUCUCUCUCCGUAUCUCUCUCUCUGUAUCUCUCUCUCUCUGUAUCUCUCUCUCUCUCUCUCUCUCUCUCUCUCUCUCUCUCUCUCUCUCUCUCUCUCUCUCUCCCCCCCCUCUGUAUCUAUUUAUUUGCACUUAACACAGCAUAUGCACUCUCGGAGCAGGAUUUAUUCACACCCCUUUGGAGUCAUUUCUACAGCACCCCAGCGGUGGCGUUGAAUCUUUUGCCAACAGCCACCAGCAAUGCACCCACCACUCUAUGCACUCUCUUUUCUCUAGUGUUGUUUAACUAGAUGUCCCAUCACUGCCUGUACGCACCCAUCGCUCCACUCACUCUCUUUUCUCUAGUGUUGUUUUACUACAUGUCCCAUCACUGCCUGUACGCACCCACCACUCCACGCACUCUCUUUGCUGUAGUGUUGUUUAACUAGAUGUCCCAUCACUGCCUGUACACGUGGUACCUAUGUGUGUGUGGAGCGUGCGUGCGUGCGUAAUUAGUAACUACGCUAUUCGUAAGUAUUUUUUCAGCAAUAGCCAAAAAUAGGGGUACAUUGUCGUUUCCUUUCUCUCUUCUCCAUGCCAAAUGUGUAGUGCUAUGUAUCGUCCCAUCCGCUGUUGCUUUUCAUUUGCCUUCCCUAAAACGUGGCCAGUGGUCCUGGCAGGGAACGCGUCCACUGCGCACCUUACCGCCCUGUCGCUGUGGAACUUGAGGUGCCUAAUUGGAGCUGUCUGCGCCCCAUUUUGACGUCACCAACUACCAGCUUCAUAUAUUAUUGUUUUAGAUCAUUUUAAUUUAUUUUAUUUUAGCUUUUCGGCAAAGUUGUUUCAACAGCUAUUUAACGUGGUUUUUAACUCUCUCUUUUUACUAACUCGUAUUAAUUGCAAUUGAGCUAGAGUGUCAGCCAGGCUUACUGGGUA